AUGGAAAAGUAUAAAACCACGCAUAGUUUUUUACCAUCUUCAUUGAAAGGUUAUAAGAUUCUUAAAAAAACACACAAUGAUAUAGAAAGUGUACUGUUUUUAGUAUUGGAAGUAGAUCCAAACAAAGAAAAGCAAAAUUCAAUUAUGGAAGUGGAUGUAGCCAUAGAGGAGUCGGAGGUGCAAAAAGUGCAAAAGAUGUAUUAUCUUCUUGUCUCUAAUGAGCAUGGCAGACUAUUUGCAUUAAAAGUGGUGCCUUUUGAUAAUAAGCCAGAGGGGUCAAAGUAUAAAUGGAUUAUCGAAAACUUUAACUUGGUUUCUUUGGAAAAGAUCCCGAAUAAGUGGACUUCAGGAAUAGCCAAUGUUGAAAUCGGCGAGGUUAGCGUUCCCAUGAAUUUUGAAGAAAUGUAUAGAUCGAGAAGGUAA